UCGUUCGCUCAAUAGGAUACGGGGAUUCCUGUAGUGAGGUCAAAUCUUGAUAGAAUUUUAAAGUUUAGUCCCGCUGCGUGUGUCGUAUUGUAAACACCAUACUGCUGUGUGGCUCUCACAGCGCGAUUUCGGACAAGCCACUCGGUAUUCGAACCCAGCACCCGUGAGUGUGUCAAUGUGCAAUUACAGCCUGCGGCCUUCGGAGAUAUCGCGAGGUGAUCACUCAGCGUGAAGUAAGAUUGAUAAGUGCUUUCGUGCGUUCGUGUCGUGUGCGUUUGUUAGUGAAAAAUACUGAGUUUGGUUGAAAAGUUUGAAGCAAAAAUGCAGUGACAUGUUUUAAAUACGUUUUUAAUGCUGUACUUAUCACGCAAGUGAGUCGUGUAGAGUGUAGAGAAACAGAAGUGCGUUGAUACCUGCCAAACAAGUGUGUUAGGUGUCUAGUUUUCGGUUUUUAUCUAUUCCGGGUCCAGAAUGAUGAUGAAUGCUUUUAUGGACACAGCAUCGACGGCACAUCACUCACAUCUGGCAACGUUCGGGAUUAAAAUGUCUCCAGACCAUUUGGAGCAAAGUGACGUAGAAACCACUAGUACCGGAAGUAUGCUGCCACCAGCGGUGGGAAGUGCCAACACGCCAAGUGAUAUGCUGUCAUCGCAGUCCUUCUAUCAAUCAUCGGCGAAUGCUAGCAGUACUUACAACACCCAUCAUUUAUCACCGCCUUCGCACAUGAGCCACAUGGCCCCGUACCACCCGAGGGACUUUCUUGCGUUGAAGCGUGACAAUGAUUACUUUAGUUCCUCGGCCGCCGGUGCCACCGGUGACCCUGCCUCGUUGUUCCAUCAUGCCCAUCCUGCCGUGCAUGACAACCUGAACCAUCACUCGGCCACGUCCCUCAGCAACCAUCACUUCCACCCCCAUCAGAUGCGAAUGGGCCUGUCCGCGGAUUAUGCCCAUCCUUACCACCAGAGUAACUAUCCCUCGGUACAUCACCAGCAUUUGGCCAACCUGCCGGUCAACUCGGGCACCUCGGGGGCGUUCUUUCGCUACAUGCGUCAUCCACCGUCGAUCAAGCAGGAAAUGCAAUGCCUUUGGGUCGAGCCGGAACUCCCGCCGCACCAUCUGGGGCUCGGUCUGACCGCACUGAGUGCGGCAGCGGCCGCAGCCGUUACGGACGGCAGCCGCAAGACGUGCAACAAAAUCUUCCACACGAUGCACGAUAUCGUCACGCAUCUCACGGUGGACCACGUCGGCGGCCCGGAGUGUACCACCCAUGCCUGCUUCUGGCUCGGUUGCACCCGAAACGGGCGUCCCUUCAAGGCCAAGUACAAACUGGUCAAUCACAUCCGGGUGCACACCGGCGAGAAACCGUUCGCCUGUCCGUUCCAGACCUGCGGCAAGGUGUUUGCCCGCUCGGAGAAUCUCAAGAUCCACAAGCGGACCCACACUGGUGAAAAGCCGUUCAAGUGUGAACAUGAAGGGUGUGAUAGACGAUUCGCUAAUUCAUCAGAUCGAAAGAAACAUUCACACGUCCAUACAUCUGAUAAGCCGUAUAACUGUCGUGUUAAUGGUUGUGAUAAAUCUUACACUCAUCCAUCAUCGCUGAGGAAACACAUGAAGGUCCACGGAAGUUUAGGAGAGAAGUCCCCAUCGCACAACUACGACAGCGACGGCGAAGAGUCCAGCUCGGAUAGCAUCAUAACGGGUGGAACGCAGACCCCGCCGUCGAUCAGCCGGCUGCACGACAGCCACAACUCGAGCAAACUGAGCAGCGAAUCGAUCAACAACAACAAUAACAACAAUAGCAACAACAACAAUAACACAAAAUCCCCAUCUUCCACUCACCUGCUGUCGCCAAUCGGCGCCUCGACGACGUCCUCCUCGUCGAACAGUGCCCUGUCGCAUCUCAGCCAAAAUCAGCACCACAAUCUGCACCACUCGCACCAUCAGCACUCGCACCACCACCACUUGCAGAACCAUCCGAGCAGUUUAGCGCCACCGCAGCUCCAGCUGACCCCGGCUUCAUCGGUGUCCCCACAGGCAACGGCCGCCACUGCAUCAUCCAUGCUGGUUGGUCAUCACAACCACCCUCUGCUCUAUCAUCAUCCGCAACAUCACCCGAAUGAUUGGUACUCGGCAACACCGCCCUCCGGGCCGGACACGAUGAACCAUCUGAACCACUUCAGCCACCAUCAUCAUCACCUGGUGCACCACGGGCCAACGACGGCCUAUUGAGAGCAACUGCUGCUCGAUGAGCUCUGUUUCAACUACUGAAACAGUGGCGGCGCUGCCCGAGGCGUCCCUGUUGCUUGGAUCGCUCCACACACAAUAGGCAUUUGUUUCAUCGCGCAAGCUCAUCAUCAUCGUCAUCUCGAACCUGUUUCUCAAUGUACGGACAUAUACGUAACUUUAAAGCAAGCCAAAAAACCAUACUAUAAAUAUAGCUUUUACUUACAACAAGAAAAAAAAAACAA